AUGGUAUGUCAAGAUUUAGUAAGGCAUUAUGGUAGGAAGAGCUCAAGGCCUAGUUGUAUGAUAAAAUUAGAUCUGAGGAAGGCUUAUGAUACAGUAGAAUGGGAUUUCCUUGAGGAGAUGUUGAGAGCACUUAGAUUUCCGGAUAAGUUUGUUCAACUUAUUAUGAUAUGUGUUCGCACUCCUAGAUUUUCUAUAAUGCUGAAUGGUGCUAUGCAUGGAUAUUUUACAGCUAAAAGAGGAUUGCAUCCAAAUGAGGCUAAAUCGGCUAUCUACUGUUGUGGAAUGGAAUCCAAGGAAGUUCAAAGGGUUCUGGCAGUAUCAGGUUUUGGUCAUAGUGCAUUGCCUUUUAGAUAUCUGGGUAUUCCAAUCAGCUCUAAGAAAAUAUCAGCUGUUGAAUGUGAGAUAUUAUUGGAGAAAAUGAGACUAGAUACUCAAAAGUUCUCAACUGAGAAAUAUCAUAUUAAGCAAGGCUAUCAGAUAUUGUGCCCAGUGCUGAACUCAGUAAAUUGGCAACAGAUGCUGCAGGGUGUUACAAGAUUCAAAGACAUGGUUACAUUGGAGUACAUCAGCUACCUCUUUACACAGGUAGAUUCAACUGUACAGAUUAUAAAGAAUGUAGUCAAAUAUAGAAUUGCAGGGAUUUGGUCUAGGAAAUUAACAUAUAGUGAUAGGCAAUGGUUUGAUCAAUUGUGA